UUUCCACUGUUUCAAAGAGAACAUUGUUUUCAUCAUGAAUGCUAAUAAGGAUGAGAGACCAAAGUCCAAAAGCUACUAUUUUUACUUUUUUCAUGCCCUGAUGAUGCUAAGCAUGACCACGCUGUUUCUUCCGGUCAUUGGAACUUCUAAGCAAAAUAUCCCACGGCUCAAGCUAACCUACAAAGACUUGCUGCUUUCAAAUAGCUGCAUUCCCUUUCUGGGUUCAUCAGAAGGACUGGAUUUCCAGACAAUCCUGUUAGAUGAGGAGGGGGGCAGGCUGCUGCUGGGGGCCAAGGACCACGUCUUCCUCCUCAGUCUGGUUGACUUAAACAAAAAUUUCAAGAAGAUUUAUUGGCCGGCUGCAAAGGAGCGGGUGGAAUUAUGUAAAUUAGCUGGGAAAGAUGCCAAUACAGAAUGUGCAAAUUUUAUUCGAGUCCUUCAACCCUAUAAUAAAACUCACAUUUAUGUGUGCGGAACUGGAGCAUUCCAUCCAGUAUGUGGAUAUAUUGAUCUUGGAGUCUACAAGGAGGAAGUUAUGUUCAAACUCGACACACACAAUUUGGAGUCUGGCAGACUGAAAUGUCCUUUUGAUCCUCAGCAGCCUUUUGCUUCAGUCAUGACAGAUGAAUACCUCUACUCUGGAACAGCUUCUGAUUUCCUUGGCAAAGAUACCGCAUUCACGCGGUCCCUUGGGCCUACUCAAGACCACCAUUACAUCAGAACUGACAUUUCAGAGCACUACUGGCUCAAUGGUGCCAAAUUUAUUGGGACUUUCCCCAUACCAGACACCUAUAAUCCAGAUGAUGAUAAGAUAUAUUUCUUCUUUCGUGAAUCAUCUCAAGAAGGCAGUACUUCAGAUAAGACAAUUCUUUCUCGAGUUGGAAGAGUUUGUAAGAAUGAUGUAGGAGGACAACGCAGCCUGAUAAACAAGUGGACAACUUUUCUUAAGGCCAGAUUGAUUUGCUCAAUUCCUGGAAGUGAUGGGGCAGAUACUCAUUUUGAUGAGCUCCAAGACAUAUACUUACUCCCCACAAGAGAUGAAAGAAACCCUGUAGUAUAUGGAGUCUUUACCACAACCAGCUCCAUCUUCAAAGGCUCUGCUGUUUGUGUGUAUAGCAUGGCUGACAUCAGAGCAGUUUUUAAUGGCCCGUAUGCUCAUAAGGAAAGCGCAGACCACCGCUGGGUGCAGUAUGAUGGAAGAAUUCCUUAUCCCCGACCUGGCACUUGUCCGAGCAAAACCUAUGACCCACUGAUCAAAUCCACCCGAGAUUUUCCGGAUGACGUCAUCAGUUUCAUCAAGCGGCACCCUGUGAUGUAUAAGUCAGUAUAUCCAGUUGCGGGAGGACCAACAUUCAAGCGAAUCAAUGUGGAUUACAGACUGACGCAGGUUGUGGUGGAUCAUGUGGUGGCAGAAGAUGGCCAGUAUGAUGUAAUGUUUCUUGGAACAGACAUUGGAACGGUCCUAAAAGUUGUCAGCAUUUCAAAGGAGAAGUGGAAUAUGGAAGAGGUAGUACUGGAGGAGUUGCAGGUAUUCAAGCACUCAUCAAUCAUCUUGAACAUGGAGUUGUCUUUGAAACAGCAACAAUUGUACAUUGGUUCCCGAGAUGGAUUGGUUCAGCUCUCACUGCACAGAUGUGACACUUAUGGGAAAGCUUGUGCAGACUGUUGUCUCGCCAGAGACCCCUAUUGUGCCUGGGAUGGAACUUCAUGCUCUCGAUAUACGCCCACUUCAAAAAGGCGAGCUAGACGCCAAGAUGUUAAGUAUGGAGACCCAAUCACCCAGUGCUGGGACAUAGAAGAGAAAACCGAUGUAGGCUGUUUGCAUUUGCUCAUAGCCUCUCUGGUUUUCAUUUAUUACCUACAUUUUUUCCCCAUUCUGCAGCUGAAACCUGAUGAAAGGAUCAUCAAAACAGAAUACGGGCUACUGAUUCGGAGUCUGCAGAAGAAGGACUCUGGGAUGUAUUACUGCAAAGCACAAGAGCACACUUUUAUCCACACCGUCGUGAGGCUGACUCUGAACGUCAUUGAGAACGAGCAGAUGGAGAACACCCAGAGGGCAGAGCACGAGGAGGGGCAGGUCAAGGAUCUGCUGGCCGAGUCACGGCUGAGAUACAAAGACUACAUCCAAAUCCUUAGCAGCCCGAACUUCAGCCUGGACCAGUACUGCGAACAGAUGUGGCACCGAGAGAAGCGGAGGCAGCGCAACAAGGGCGUCCCCAAGUGGAAGCACAUGCAGGAGAUGAAGAAGAAACGGAACCGAAGGCAUCACGGAGAGGAGCUUCCGAGAGCGGUGGCCACGUAGUUUCCUAUUUAAUUUAAAGAAAAGAAUCCUUUACCCGCAAAAAUACUGUCUCCUGUUUGUACAUCCUUGAUUCUAACUCCUGCGAGUUUUCCAUGGUGUUUUGUUCAGGCACGAGAAGAACAAUCCGAGCAAGACAAUGUGUGGUGGAUAUGGCAGAGGCAGGGCGAGUAAGGCAUCUGAACCAGUUUUCCAAGAACUAAACUUGCACCUGCAAUGCGUCAGAGUUAUCUUCAAAAUAGGGACUUCACAUCUGUAAAUGUUUUGUGUGCUGAGCUUUUGAAUUGAUGAUGUCAUGUAAAUAAGUGAGCUAAGCAAGCAGCACCGUUGGUAAUGUACUGAGGUGCUUCGUGUCCCUUGCGUGGCCAUUAAGCAUGGGGGUGACCAGGCUGUUGUGCUUGGUGUUCUUAUGAACAAAUCUAUCAUUCCAUUCUCGAACUGGCUUCUUUCUGGUAAGAAGUGGAGGGAAGACACACAUUCAGACCACGCAUAUAACAGCAGGAACUUUCCCAAUGAGCCACUCACUCUUGGUGCGUGGUUGAGGAGUUUGGAGAGAUGCAUUAUUUUUUAUCAGACCACAGGGAUUAUUUAGUGUACUACAGCCUUGAUUUACUGAAGGCUAUAAGUGUUCCUCCAGGAUUGCGUAUGACUUACCAGGAGAAACAGGUUCAUAGAGCGACAUUGGUGCUCAGUUAUGUGUUUUUAGAUUAAAUGCUGAGCUUUGCAGGGACAGAAUGCUUAAUAAAUAUUUAAGUAAGAUAUGGGAAAACAUUUAAAUUAAGUAAGGGGAACAUCAUGAGGUACACUGCAUCCUAAUGGAAGGCAUGCAGAUGGGAUUUGUUAAGAGACAGGAGGAAAGACAGCUAUAAAUUCUGGCUUUGGGGAAAACUCAUAGCCCCAUAAAAAGGAAGAACAGUCACAAAUAAAGUGGGUGAAAUGCAAUGUCGUUUUAUUCACCAGAGUAUAAGUAGCUGCCAAUUUAUAAUACAUCUGCUAAAAAAUUCUAGAUUAUAUUUUAAAAAAGCCGGCUAGCAAAAGGCUGAGGAAAAGUAAAUUUUCUAAAGGAUCAUGGAAAGAACGAGCACAAAUUUAUUUACAACCAAGGGGAUUUCAGUACGUUUUCUAAAAAUUCAUCAUAAUCUAUAAAUUAUUUUCAUUUACUGCCCUUAGCCUCUUGAAUAUUGGAUUGUGGGACUUUAUUUGAGUGAAUAGAAAAGAACAAUAUAUACAUACAUAGCAAAAGAAUUAGGUAGACAAUAGUGGUGGGGAGCGGGAAGAUAUAUUGUUAAGUAACAGAACAAAUGCAAAACUUUUGACAACGGAAAGGGUUAAAUUAACUCUUUGACAUCUUUUUUUUUUGACAAAUCUUUUUGCAUUUCUGAGAUUAUAUGCUGUUAUUCAAGUAGCAUUGUUUUAGUAAUUUAAUAAUAAAUAAGCCUACCGCCUGUAACGAAAACAAACUCACAACAUAAACGUUCUUCGUAUUUUGUUAGCACUUUCAAGUACUGCCAGUUUGACUUUACCUCUGAACUUGCAUGGUAUGUUUUCUGCCCAUUUACGCAGGACUCACCUUUCUUUCUUCAACACAAAACCCUUGGCCUUCUUCUGUUUUGCCUUUUCAUGCCCUUUUUAGUGUGAAAUGAAAAAUUAGUCACUUCCUCAAAUGGAAGGCAGCCUUUCAGAAAACUAAAUAGCAGGCAUUGCUAGUUUCUCAUGCAUUCUAUGUGUCUUGAAAGAGAAGCCUGUGGGAACCCGUGUGAUUAGAGGGCAACUUAUUACCAUGUUCAGUAUCAUGUCUGUGACUGGCUUUAUGUUCAAAGCAUUCUAUCUUACAUUCAUUUUAUUUGCAUCUCUUACCUUUCAAAGUAGUCACUCUGAUGUAUGAGGUUAAGUACCCCUUUUGAUAUGAAACUCAAAUAUUUAUAGAUGUUUCUGUAUAAGAAAAACUUAAGGAUUUAAAACUUUGGUUUGAAAAACAGCAAACCAGAACAAAUCACUCUUAAAAAUUAAUGCAUAAGAAUAGUUGUAGUAGGAUCAGAGUGCUAAUUAAAUACCAUAACAAGAGUGUGUGUAACUAUUGAUUUGCUAGGCUAAAAUGUUCCAGGAAUUCAUAGUGAGCUCCAAGCAAAUAAAGUGGGAGUAUGUUUUAUUUUUUAAAGAUUUCCACAUAUUUGUAUGUCAGACAGUAAUGAUCAAAUUAUGGAUGACUUUGAGAAAAUUACAUGAAGCUCAAAUGUUAGGAUUGACUUGUGAAAAUAAAUUUGGUUUUCAUCCAAAUCUGAAUGUCUAAGCCAUUUUUUAAUUACUUCUUUCUUAUCAUAGUUAUUCAGACAAAAUUUUGAAAACCUAUUUUGAUUUACAGCUAAUACUCUGGCUACUUUGGAUAUAAAACUAUUAAUUUAUGAUAAACUCUUAAAAUACAUUUGAAAUAUUGUUAGUAAAAUAAAAUGUCAUAUAAUUAAAACAUAUGGACAAAGAUUUAUGUGUAUUUAUAAAGAUAGAGGACACCUAAACUACAUUUAAUUUUUUAACCUUUCGAUUGCUUAGAACAUUUGAGGAACAGUGUGAAUAUAUUAAAUGUAAGACAAGACACAUUAUAUAUACUUCUUUACCACUGAAGGUUUUACCAAAUUCUUUUUGAAAUAAUGAAAAAUAAAAUUAUAGUUAAUACUUUCAAAUAUAUUUGCUUAGCAGUCAGCUCUUCAUGGAGAGGUCUUAAAACAUCUGUUUAUUCUUAGAUUCAUAUUUUUCUCUCCUGUUUUGAAUACAUAUGUCUUUGAUUUGCCUAUUCUCACCUGCAUUUCAUUCUGGCUGUUUAUGCUGCUAUAUGGAAUCCUGCCUGUCUGCAUUCAUUUACAUUAAGUUUAUUAAGAAUUUAAAGAGGUUUUUUUUUUAAAUGGAUUGUUGAGUAAUUUAUGUAGAAUCCCUUCCCCCAAAGAGCUCAACACAUUAUAUUCACAUUGUUAAAUAAACAUUUUUGAAAACAAACUAAAUUACUUAAGAGAAGAAAAAACAGUCACAGAGACAUUUAGAAAUAUGCAAAAGCCCCACAGUAGUGGAACUAUCAUUGACACAAAAUAUCAUCAAUCUAUUGACUAAAUAAUAAUGCUUACUUAAAAUAUUCUGCCUGUAAAAUCAUCUUACUCUUGAAUUUUGCCUUUGGUCUAUAUAUAGGUUCUUCAUAUGCUAUUGAUUUGUUCCUGCUGGAUUGUACAGUCUAAACUAAAAACAUUAGUUUACAGUGGGCAGUGUCUUCUUUUCAACAUUAUCAAAAUUAAGUUUUUAAGGACAAUUUAAUAUCUAGAUGUCCACUAAAUAUUAAACUGAACAAAAAUAUUCAUUUAACACUGAUACUUUAAAUAUAUAUACAUAUUUUUUCAAAGAUAUCAUUAAUACAAAUAAAAUUAAAAACUGAAAUAACUUUCAUUGAGAAUGUUACAUUUCUCUAAGACAGUAUGUUGGGAUUGAUUCACCUUAUUGGGAAUGGAUUGUUUAGAAAAAAUGGAGAUAUGUAAAUGUUUUUAUAGAAAGAUAUAUUUUUCUAACAGAUGACCACAAUAGUUAAAUAAAUUAGCUUAUAUGUGAGGUUAAAAAAUAUCUAAAAUUCCAAGAUGCUACACAUUGACAGUACACAGUCAGGAACAUGUACAUGACUUAUACCUCUCAUUUAAAUAUUUUGUAGUAUAAAAUAUUUAUGGUAAGUUUUAAAUAGAUGCUUUUUUUGGGAAAAGGGUAAGAAUCUAUCAGUUUAUUGUAUAAUUUAAUUCUGGUAUUGUAAGUGCUUAGCAAUCAAUUUUGAAUUUAUAGUUUUGCUAUUUUGAAAGAAUUAUAGUCUUGUAAUCUAAAAUAAUUAAAAUUUGUUAAAUGUAUAUUUUGGUUGUAUUAUAAUAAAACACAAACAGUAGUAUUCUAUGGUGAUAAACAGAA